GAUUUAGCCAUUUUAAGAAAUAGACUAAUAUUGUUCCGUUCCGCCCUCACAUUCUGAAUCCUUAGCCACCGUCGUCUCUUCGGCUGAUCUCCACCGUCUCCGUUGCCGGUGCUUCCACCUCUGUCCCCGGAGGAGGAGAGGAGGUUCUAAGCGACACACGCUAGAAUGCUCAUUAGUCUGUGUGCGAUGGAGUACGAUGCCGAUCCCUUGCCACCUCGCGCUUUUUCUCUCUAUUCCUCUGAAUUCUCGCCACUUUCGAUCUCGUAUAAAUCUUUGAAUUAUUGAGAUCCGUGAGUGUGUUUAAACCGCCUAACCUCACAAAGGAUUGGAAUUAGCUGUUACAAAUCGAUGAUCCUGUUGCAGUCGCCCUGCAGAUAUCUCCUGCAAGUCUUGUCUACUCGGGUUCAGAAUCUUGAUAAAGGAGUUGAAUUAGACUGCCAGUGGGUUGAGUUUGAUGAUGUCCGCUACCAUAUUCAGGCAACUGUAAAGAAUCCAAAUCUCCUCCUAUUAUCACUAUCAUUACCCGCACCGCCUCCAGAAACUGUAUUUUUUGGAGGACUUCCUCAAGGGGCUAUAGAAGCUAUAAAGGCAGCAUAUGGUGCGGUUCUACAAGUUCUUGAUCCCCCAAGGGAUGGUUAUAAUCUUACAGUGAAACUGAACCUGUCCAAGCUUCCACCAGAUGAAGACCAUAAGCAAGCAUUCCUGGUAAAGAUCGCUUCUGUAAGAGAACUAGUACAGGGUGCGCCAUUGAGAGCGGUAUUUAAGCAACUACUCUUGAGGGGUGUAAAGUCUGACUUAAACAAGAUUAUUUCACUUGUGCAUCGGCCAAAUGAAUCAUUUUUUGUUUUUCCCCAGGCGGAUAAGGUAACUGUGAUUUUCCCCAUGCGAUUCAAGGAUUCCAUAGAUACAGUUCUUGCCACUUCUUUCCUUCAGGAGUUUGUCGAAGCAAGGAGAACCGCUGGACUUAAUAACGCCCCUCCUUGUCUGUGGUCAUCUUCCCCCCCUAAGGAGUUGGAAGGUUGUCCAGAUGAAGCAUUAUCAGCAAAUGCUGGAUUUGUCAGCUUUGUUAUUUUUCCUCGCCACGUGGAAAACAGAAAGCUGGACAGAACCGUUUGGAGUUUAUCGACAUUUCAUGCUUAUGUCAGCUAUCACGUCAAGUGUUCGGAAGGUUUCAUGCAUACAAGGAUGAGACGUCGGGUGGAGACAUUGAUAGAGGCUCUGGAUCGUGCCAAACCAGAUUCAGAGAAAGCUAAGAAUACCGAACAGGCUAGAUCCUUCAAAAGACUGAGUAUCAAGGACGGCCGAAGCAACUCCAAUGUAAAGUGAGAUGUGCUCAGCCUGAGAGAUGCAUGUUAGCGAACCGGGUUAUAGGAAAAAAGAGCAGGGCGACCUCUACCCGUGCUAAUUGAGCCAAGUCACGAAGCACCUGUUGUUUGUAUAUCAUAGAAGUUUUGCAAUAUUCUUGGACACGGGAUGUUGAAUUUCUUGCAUUGAUUUGUAAAUCCAGUUCCCUAUCCAUGGUGAUGUCACAGCUACAACCAUGAGGUGCUGAAACCAGAGUGAAUGUGUGUCUGAGCAGCAGGGAGCCGAAAGGGUAUUUCUCUUUAGUUGCUUUCAAGCUUUAACUGCGUUUUAGUCUCUUUUUAUUUGCUGUUGUAUGUACGUUGCAGAUGAAGUUAAGAUCGAUGGAUGUUUUCUCACAAUUUGAUCUUUAGAGAGUCAAAUUUAGAAAAAAGAAAAAAGUUUAAAUCUA